CGAACACAACUCUAGCUACAUCUUUGUUUUUGGAAAGAGCUCUUUUUCACGUCAGUUGUGUGUCAUCAUCUUGUAACGGUAUCUUGAAGUUGAGGGAUUUGUUAAAGUUGAAACGCAGGCCGGUCAGCAUUCAACAAUAUAUAAACCCUACGCUAUUUCCCUCCUCUCCCUAAAGGUCUAUAUUCCCGGAGCAAUAGUCCAAGAGCAAUACUCGCUUACCGUACCUAUCACUGCCCGUUGAUCACCCUUUAUAGACCGAGUUUACUCGCCUACCAUGCAUCUUGUUAAGAGUCUAGCACUUCUUGUCCUCCCCUCUGCAAUGGCCAUGUCUGGUCCGAUUCUCGGAUUCGGCUUCCGUGACGACGAAUGUCACAAUCCUGUUGGUCCUAUUGAGAGCGGAGAAUGCUUUCGCACCGAAUACAUAGAGUCAUAUGCGCUGCAUGUGGGUUCUCUAUGUUCGUUUUAUUAUCGCAGCGACAAAUGCGAUGGCCCACAUAGUACGGUCCCUCAGCAACCAGGUUGCUACCCAGCCAAUUUACCGGGAAAGCCUUUCUCGAUCAAGUGUAGGCCACUCGAUGAGUAGUCAUUAACAUGGAGACACUUCACUGAAUCCCUUGGAAAGAUGAAGACAAAAGGAUAAGAGGUAUAGGAAAACCAAACGAAACUCUCAAACCAUUGCUCACACAAGUGGUAACGCGAACCUCAUACUGUCACAUCUUUGAGGGUGUCCUGUUCAUUUUUUCAAUACCUAAUGUUUAUCUAUUUAAUAAACACCUCGGUCUAGGUUUCCCCUAUAGCCUACAGUCUAUAGGUUUUCCUAUACUGUUAUGCGAAUGCAGAGGUUAUAUUUUGUCAGCUGUCGCGGCUUUGCUUCUGAUGUAGCGAGAUGAUUUGGUAGCUAAGCUAUUGUCCACGGAUUCCAUAAAAAGUUUAAGAUGAA